AUGGUUGCAGAAGAAACGAUGAAUUUUGAUGUUGAAGGAGGCCUUGCUUGUGCAACAAUGUUAAAUAAAGAACAACAAAUUGCAUACGAUACAAUAAUGGAAAAAGUAAAAAUUGAAUCAAGUGAUGUUUUUUUCAUUGAUGAUCCGGGGGGGACAGGAAAGACUUUUUUAUACAAAGCACUUUUAGCUGGCGUAAGUUCUCAAAAUUUAAUUGCUUUAGCAACAGCGUUCUCUGGAGUAUCUGUAUCUCUUUCACCUGGAGGUCGAACAGCUCAUUCGAGAUUUAAAAUUCCUCUAGAAACAGUUGGUGAAGUUAGUUGUUCUGUUAGUAAACAAUCAACUUUGGGGACUUUAUUAAAAAUGUUUAAACUAAUAAUUUGGAAUGAAGCACCCAUGGUAAACCAUCAUGCUAUUGAAGCUGUAGAGAAAAUGCUUAGAGAUGUUGCCGAUUGUGACUUGCCUUUUGGUGGGAAAGUCAUAAUUCUUGGAGGAGAUUUUCGACAGGUUCUACCAAUAGUACCAAGAGGGAAAAAAGAAGACAUAAUGAAAGCUAGCUUAGUUUUCUCAGAUUUAUGGCCUUUAUAUUUACAACUACCUUUAGUUGAAAAUAUGAGAGAAAAAUUAGAUCCUGUGUUUUGCGAUUACUUAGAAUUGGAGAUGAGGCAGAAAAAGAACAUAGUUGUGAUUGUAUUCAACUUUUAA